AUCUCCUUGUACACUCUUACGGAGGCCAGGACUCUCUUUGAUACUGUACAGAAAUUCAUGAGCAUAGUGGGCGAUUUCAAGGCGACCGAUAAAGACAUCAGCAAGAUUGCAGCCUUAUACUGUGUGGGGGAGCUUAUGUUGAAGUUCGGCUCUCAGGUCAUGUCCUUCAUGGCCGAGAUAGGGACGGUGACUGUCAAGAUAUACAGGUCUUCCAACUCAAUCUCUUUGCGGUACCAUGCACUUAGGGCCCUGCGAAAGUCAUUGGUCUCGGCUAGGAGGGCUGUUACGGACAAUGCCACAAGAGAUAUAUUGAAGCAAAUGAGACAUGGCUUGGGUGACAAGGCGUUGCCAAUCCAACGGGCCGCCGCAGAAGUACUCAUGGUUAUGUAUGGCACUGGCACCGAUAUCCGCACUUCAGCGGAUAUAGAAGCCAUCGUUCUUCUGUGUACCAAGAGCCUGGAGUCUGCUGAUCAGAUUACUCGGCAUUCGCUCGCGGGACUCGUUGGCCAGGUCUUGACGUCAACUAAAGUUGAGGUGCCACAAGCUCACGACCCGAAGAAGAAGGAAGGCGAAGAUGAUGGCGAAGUCGGGACUCCAGCUGCUCACGUUGGAUCAGAGACCCUGAAGACAAUCCUGUCUCCCAAGGAAAUGUUGCAGGUCCUCUCGGCUCAGUUCAAUAAGCCCAAUGCGUCUCGCAAAGUCCGGAUCGGAAUUUUCGACUUCUACUGCGCCCUGAUUUCAGCGCUUGGUGUUACCUUCGUAGAACACAACUACUCGACGAUCGUGCACCAUUUCAUGAUGGACAUCAUAUCACAUCCUCGGGCUUCGUCUACCAAGCACGACGACUUGCUAUGCAGGAAACUAGUCGGCAUUGUGCUGCGAGACCUAGUCGGUGUUCGGAUGUUGAAUGAGCAGGCUCAAAUCAGCGCUAUCCAGGAGUUAUCCAGUGCGUACCUGAAGAGGUGGCCGGCUAUGAUGCCCGGGCAGGUAGAGCCAAAUCCGUCGGUUCUCGUUAUUAUAUUGAAGGAGGUUGCUGGACUCGUUCAACAACUUGGCAACGCUCCCACUCCUGUGCAGGAUGCUCUAACUGACCCUCUGGUUACUCUACUGGCGCACCCCGAGCAUGCAACUCGUAUCAAUGCAGCAUGGGCUCUGCGAUGUUUCUGCGAAUCGACUCCUACACAGCUGGCCAAGGUUCUACUCAAUGUGAUCGAUUUGCUGCAGCGGGAUAUCAAUUCGUUGACUGUCCCCACAGGCGCUACCGAUCGUAACGCUCGUGCUCUGGGACAUGCAUACGGCCUCGCUGGUCUGGUGGCGCUCAUACCACAGCGCCCGCUCUAUGUCUCGUAUGAAAUCAGUGCCAAGGUACUUGACACUGCGAUACAGCUCCUCAAACGCGCCGGAGACCAUGACGUUGAUAUUGCCGUUGUGGAAGUAGAGAUAGCAUGGACUUGCAUUGCAUCUCUGACGACGCUCGGUCCCAACUUUGUCCGUCCGCACUUGCCGCAGCUGCUUGUUCUGUGGCGCAAUGCCUUACCGAAGCCGACGAGCAAGGACACGGCUACCGCUACAGGCCGGAGCGCUUCGGAAUGGAAUUUCUUGAUCCAUGUGAGAGAGAGCGCGUUGGGUGCUAUAUAUUGUUUCUUGCAGAACAACAUCCCUUCCCUUGUCACGCUAGACGUGACGAGGCGCAUAUCAUCUCUCCUGACCAACGCCCUCCUUUUCGCCAACGCCUUCUCCUCACAGAACGUGAACGAGCUGGACGAGCAAUACCGCCAGCUAUUCAGCAAGGGCUUGAGUCUUCAUUCAAGAGAGGCCUUGUUGCGUCGUCGUGUCUUUCAAUGCUUCAGUGCUCUUGGUCUCUCUACUAUCAGCGAGUCCACCCAAGGGGCACUUCUCCAGUCUGCUGUAAACAUCUUCGCUGGCCCCGACGCAUACAGCGGAUCCGGUGUUCAAGCUGCGAUAGCUGCUUCAGCAGGAUCUUUCACAUCUGUAUGGCAGAGCUCCGAUGGUUAUGCGUAUGGCGUGACCGGGAUUGAGAUCGGCCGCGAUGAGGACGCGAUAUCUGCCACCAGUCGCCAAGACCGCUUGAAUCGCGAUAGCAUCGAGGUCUCCAUCGACGAUCUGUACCGGAAACCAUUUAUCGGCUCAUGCGAGUAUGACCCGCUCGUGCUUUGUCAAUCCCGAAAUGACAGCAUAGACUCGUUUCCAGCCGUCACGGCUGUUGUCGACUCCGCGGUGGAGCUUUUUUCUCUCCUGCUCCCCUUUCAGGAUCUCAGUUCCUCUGUAAAAGCGUUAAGUCAGCUUGUCGAGUCGGUGCGCUCCAAUAAGCUGGAAAGGAACGUAGGCCGCAAGGCUGCUGUCUUCAUCAACGCUGUAGUCGCCGUAACGCUCACCCUGCGCCGAACUCUGACUGUGGAUCGCCAGGCACGAGACACUUUCGCGAGUGCCCAAGUUACUUCGGUAUUGUCGCCCUUCCUGAAGGAUGCGCUUAUUGAAGGUGAUCCAGUCCUAAGGGAAGCCAGCAGUGAAGCAAUCGGCCGCCUCGCCAGUCUCGCUGGUACUGCCUUCUUGGCUCAGCAGAUCAAACAACUCGUUGAUCAGGUUGUGGGUAAUCGAGAUCCAUAUGGACGAGCCGGAUGCGCGAUGGCUUUCGGAGCCAUACACAGCUACGUGGGUGGCCUGGCAGCGGGACCUUUGCUUAAGACCUCCGUCAAUAUCCUUAUGUCCCUAAGCAACGAUCCUCAUCCUAUUGUUCACUUUCAUGCCCUUGACGCACUGGGAAGUGUGAUUGCUGCCGCAAGUUUGGCUUACGCUCCCUUCGUGUCUAGUACAAUCGCCAUGUUGUUCAAGCUCUACUUGCUGGAAUCUCACGAGUCGGAAGCCGGAGCCCUGACCAUGGCCAACAUGAAGGGUGAUCUGCCAGCAUACCAGGCCGUUUGUCAUGUAAUCGACGCCAGCAUCACUGUUCUAGGUCCAGACAUGCAGGAGUCCAACCGGACUCGCAAUUUGAUCCUCGAUCUUGUCCAGGCAUUCUCCCUCGAGGAUGACGACGGCGUUCGGGUAGAAGCUAUCAAGUGCAUACAACACUCCCUGAUGUUUGCUCCGGACUAUACGCCAUUAACUCAACUCGUGGAGCAACUCAGCCGGCACCUAUCUUCUUCCCGUAGGCCUCUCAAAAUUGCUGCUAUAAAUGCCCUGUAUCAGUUGGUCCAGAGAGAUGCAUUUGCCAUGUCGAGGGUCGGCGGCGAUCGACUUGUCGAAGAACUCUUUGCCAUGCUCGACGAUGAUCCUUCCAUCGACGGCGUGCGAAAUGUCAUCGCUAGCUGGCUAAUGCAGACUGCAGUCCAUAAUCCGUCUGCCUGGAUCGACUUGUGCCAACGAAUCAUGUCCCGGACGACUGCAUCGCAGCAGGCUGCCGAUGCUGCAUCCAAAGGCAAUCUUCGCGACGACGAGGGUGAGUCCUUAAAUGUCGGCGGUAACGUUGCGAACGCAGACGAGCGGCACACACCUUCGACCUGCAGAUGGAGAACGCAGCUGUUUGCACUCCAGUGUCUGCACGAUAUUUGCAAUCUUGUUUCUCAAAGUGGGCGCAGAGAACAAAUCGAUAUACCCUUCGCUCGGGCCCGUGGCAUUCAAGUCAGGACACUGUUGGUGUCGAGAGUAGCAGAUCUCAUACGAAUGGCAUUCACGGCUUCCGCAGCGUACGUCACAGAAAUCAGAUUGGAAGGCCUCGUUGUCCUCCGCGACGUCAUUAAGGUCUUUGCUACUUCACCAGAUCCGGACUAUGAGGAUUGCCUUCUGCUGGAGCAGUAUCAGGCGCCAAUAACUGCAGCGCUCACCCCGGCGUUUUCGUCAGAGUCUACUCCUGAUAUCCUUGCAUCGGCUAUUGGGACGUGUGCAAUCUUUGUAGGCUGCGGGGUGAUUAAAGAUGCGGGAAGAAUGGGCCGGAUAUUAAAAUUACUGACCUCAGCACUUGACCAAACAACAGAGACCGGAACGUUGUCAUUGGGCGAUGCUGGACCCUUGAGUCCCAACGCGUCUGCCAUGCUUCGAGUAGCCACCGCAUCUGCUUGGGCCGAGCUUGAGGUGGCGAGUGCUCAUCAACCUUAUCUUCGCGAGAUACUGCAGCCCUACCGACCAACCCUUGCGUCGCUAUGGUUGGGUUCCCUGCGUGAUUACGCUAGCAUCCGUGGCGAGUCGGAAGUUGCUCAAGAGGCGUCUUCAUUAACGUUGGACUCUUCAUACUCAAGUCUUGGACGCGAAGUCCUUCUACCGUAUUAUGCCGACUCCUGGACGGUAAUCUUGCAUGCUGUCUCUUCCGCCUUGGACAAGGGAGACCCUGGUAUCAUUGCAUCCAUGGAUGGCCGAGAGAACAGCCCUGCUUCCACCGAAACUGAAGCGCGUCGGAAGGAACCCACGUACAUGUUUUUCGUUCUGUUUGGCCUCAUUUAUGAUGCUUUAUCGUCCUCAUCCGUCGAUGCUGCGUCCGCUCCGGCCACCCGGCGCACUUCGGAAAUCGCACUGUCAGCGCUGAAAAGUUUGGUGAAACCUGAAUAUAGCGGAGAAGCUUUACUCCAAUCGAAUAUCUUCGAAGAAUUCGUAGGUCUCUGUUACCGACUAUCCCUAACCGAGACACCUCAGGCUCAGAUACACCUUCUUGCGGCUUUAACGAGCCUGGUUACGUCACAUAAUAACACUGCGGGGCUGCUAUCAUGGGAUAUGCCUCGCGCUCGUUGUCUGCAAAUUUGCGCUCAUAUUCUCCGACGUGCUCUGCCCGGAAUACGUGAUGCCGUCCCAUAUGGUGCUUCCACGGCUCUGAGUGACCGGAUUAGUCUGCUUCGUGCCGCAUUUACAGCAUUUACUAAUAUCGGGCAAGCACUGGGAGCCGAUGUGCACGAAGACGCGCGCGCAGCUGGCAUAUGUCUCUAUGCUGAACUUCUCAAGGAUGAAUCAUCAGAUACUGAUCUUGUCAGCCCAACCCUGCUCUGCUUGAAGUCAUUCCUCGAUGUUCCCCCAGGUGUACAAUCCCAGCAAGAGAGAUAUCAUCAAUCAGUACAGGGCAUACUCUCAGCAUGUCUCAUCAAUAUAGAGAGCAUGAGAGGGCGACAGGGAUCCAUUGCCUCCAAAGUUAUCCGAAACAAUUUUCUUGCCAUGGUGCUCAUUCUUACCUCUAUCCUGCCAACACUCAAAUUAGGGAAGCCAGUUGUGGACCGAUGCUGCUUUCUUUUAUCUGAGCACCUGAUGGGUGAUGAUGAGGUGUCAUUUACAGCUGUACAAUGUGCAAAGACUCUUGUUGUGGCCUCUGCUUCAGGUGCUCCAGUGCUUCGGUACUGCUCAAGAUUAAUGAUCCCAAGUCUCCUUGGCUAUCUGCUGGGCCUUGCCAAUUUGAAGCAAAGCUCUGUACAAGAUGUGCAUGUCAAAGGUGCAGCAGAGACCUUGAAAGCCUUUUCUUCCUACAUGGACCUUGUCCCUGAAGAUCUUCGGCAUUGUGUAUUGGGAAUUCUCUUGCCAACACUUGCUUUGCUGCUGGAUUCUACUAGUUCACCCCCUCCAUUGCACUCACUAUGCAUUUCCCAACUGCUGUCAUAUGCUUCCUCAUAUCCUGCAGCCUUCAAGGCCACUACAGCAAAACUUGAUGUACACAAAAGGGAAGCAUUGGAGGAAUCUCUGAGACAGUCAUUAGCACCUAGGGCAUCUGGUGUUGACUCUGCAUCACAGAGGCCACAGAUAUCUCUCAGGGCCUUUGGAUCAUAGUGCAGUAACAGACAAGCUUUCAACUGC